GCCGCAGUUUUGGGCCGCGAGGCCAUGCGCCGGGAUCAGCCUUGCCAUGGUGGCCUACGGGCAGGCAGCUGGGGGCCGCUCCUGGGCCAGCGCCGCGGCGGGCGGCAAGGCCAAGGGCAGCUGGAGCUACUGGGUCUGCGCCAGCGGCGUGUGCAGGGAGUGGUGCUGGUGCUCGCUCUGGAAGUGCCGCGGCUGCGACCGUGUGGCCCCGCCGUGGGUCAAGGCAGCCCAGCCGCCCGCGGCUGCCGCCGGCCAGGAGCCGCCCGUCGCCGACGCCGAGGGCUUCGUCGUCCAGCCCCGUGGGAGGAAGGCGAGGCGCCAGGCCGAGCGCACGGCUGCCCGCGCGGCAAGCGCUGGGGCCGCCAGCCAGGCAGGAGUCAGCGAGGCCAGCAGCGGGCAGCAGCAGUCGGCCGUCGAGCAGCACCGCCUGGAGGUCAAGCGCAUCGAGGACUUCCUCGCGGCCCCUGGCGGGUCCAUCCACGAGGGGUGCCUGCAGUCGCUGCGCGCGGCCCUCGACCGAGAGCGGCGCAGGCUCUCGGCUGCCGAGGCGGCGCAGGCGGAGCGUAGGAAGGCCGACGCCCCCCUGCCCAAGGCGCUCCACGGGACUGGCAACGCCCUGGGGAAGUUGGUCAGGCAGGGGCGGGCCAAGGAGCAGGCGCUGCUCAAAGCUGAGGAGGCCCACGCGGCAGCCAUCGGAGAGCGUGAGGCGGCCAUCGCGCGCGAGGCCGCAUGUGCAGAGGCGGUCGAGGAGUGCCGCGCUGCUCUCGAGGCUCACCGCGAGGAGCAGAGGGCCGCAGAGGCCAGACAGGCCAAUGAGGUCGGCGCGGCCUUCGUCGGCACGGACCUGCUCGGGAUGGUCCACGGCCUCAUCCAGCAGGUCGAGGCCUUGCCCCAGGGCUUCGCCGCGGGCAAUGGGGGGGCCGCCUUCGCGGAGGUCGCCAAGCAGAUUGCUGCGGUCCGCAGGGCGCGGCCGAGCGCGGCCAAGCAGCGCGCCGGGGAGAGGCGCGCGGAGCGUGGCCCUCAGCCCAGCCACUGGCUAGGGACCUGGCCAACGCUGGGGCAGCCCUCCUCGACGACCAGCCGCUGGCUACUGCUGCUGGUGGCCAUGUUGCUGUGGGUCGGCGUCGGGUUUGACGUCGACUCGGCAGGCCAGUGGUCGGUUGACAGCAGAAGGGUCAGACGGCGCCUGAGCGAGCAGGCCGCUGACGAGCGGGUGGCCGAGUCCCUUGACGGGCGCAGCGAAGCCAAGGUGCCAAGUGACAAGAGGACGAGGAUGGCGUCGCAGGAGGCCCGCACUGGCAAGGCUCGCCUCGGGCCACAGCCAGCCCCUGAGUCUGACCCUCGAGGACCUUGCCCCCUGCGCGCUGGCCUGGAGGUCCUGGGCUGCAGCGGUAACGUCUGGAACAGGAGCGUCGAGGUCCUCGAGGCCUUCUUCCACGCCCACCAGUACUGGCCGCAGCUGGUCCUCCAUCAGGAGACGCGGCUAACCCAGGAACGGCUCCCUGGGGCCAGGGCGCUGGCACGCCGCCUCGGCUACGCCGCUUUCUUCCAUGAGGCGGUGGCGACGGGCCAGCCUGGCCCGAACGCCACGUCGGGCGGCGUCGCGAUCCUGGUGAGGGCUGGACUCCAGGCCGAGGAGUCAGCAUGCCAGCUCCCUGCGGCCCUGCGCCACCGCCUCGUCGGCGUCGGGGUGACGGCGCCGUCGGGUCUCCGUCUCCUGGCCUUGGCUGGGUACUUCCAGCACUCCUUGGGCCCGCGGGGGAUCAACCUCGACUCCUUCUCCUCGGUCUCUGACCUCGCGGCAUUCUCGUUCGACUUGCCCUGGGUCCUCCAGGCGGAUUUCAACGUGGAGCCCGAGCCCCUGCAGGAGCUGGGCUGGCCUGCAGCGGUUCGCGGCCAGGUGCUCGGACCCUCUGAAGCGACCUGCGUUGCCCAGGGCCUGGAGCACGUCUACGACUGGUUUGUCGCCUCGUCCGACCUGGCCACGUGCACGGUGUCCUGCGCGACCGCGCUCAACGACUUCGGGCUGCGCCCGCGCUCUCCAGUGCUGCUGCGCCUCCAGGACGUCAGGUGCGAUACCCUGGUCGAGGUGCCCUCCCGUCCUGCUCGGUUCCCAGAGGUGGAGGUCAAGGGCGUGUGCUCCCGCGAGGACGCCGUGGUCCAGGCCUUCACUGUCGGCAAGCGCGGGAAGGUGUCGCAGAAGGAUGUAGCUUGGUCGUGGGCUCAAGGUUCGUGCCCGACCAGCCUCUCUGCUGCUUUCGGCGAGUGGAUCGAGGCGGCGGAGGGUACCCUCACGGGCAUCCACGAGAUUGCGCCAGGCGACCUGCCACGCUACCCUGGGCGAGCGGCAGGGCCCAAGACCAGGCGCAUGCCCUUCAGCGCGCUGGUGCAGCGUGAGGCUAGGCUGAAGUACAGCUUGCUGACCCACCGCCUGAGGAGCUGCCUGGCGGUCGCCCUCCAGAGGCUUCGCGCAGAGCAGGCCAGCAGGUGGCACCCGGCCCACUCCUGGUGGUAUGAGCAGCAGGCUGCGGUGAGGGCGAAGCUCCUGGACGAGGCGACCCAGGAGGAGGCUUGCCUUCGGAGCGCGCCCCUCCUCGGGGCGUCCGACGUGAAGUGGGGGGACCUCGCCUUCCACGCGGGGGUGAAGGGCUGCCCCACGGCGAUCGCCAAGCUACAGUCGUGGCUCCUGGCGUCCCAGAGGCGCGAUGCCGCAGAAGGAGCUGCCGCUUGGCGCAGUUGGGCCCAGACGGCGGUGGAGAAAGGAGGCCGCCUGGCCCACCGCUUCUCCAAGGCGGCUCCCACGCCUGUAGUCAGGGACGCCGACACAGGGAGGCCCCUCGUCGGCAUGGACGCCGUUGACCAGCUCACGCGUACGUGGCGGCGGCUCUGGCUUCAGGGAGGCUUCUCCAGCGGAGUCGGAGCCCACCAGUGGGAUGUUGGAUCCUGGACGCUGCCGCCCAUCACCCUGAAGGCAUUGCAGCAGGCAUGCAAGCGCUACGGCCCGUCUGUGGGGCUGGGCUGCGACAACCUGCACCCUCGCCAGCUUCUCCUGCUGCCAGUGGCGCUGCAGCUUCGCCUGAUCGACAUCCUCACGGCGUUCGAGGACGAGCCUUCCUCGAUCAGGGGACAGGUGACGCUCAUGGUGUCUAGUCCUAAAGCCGGCGGAUGGACCAGGCCCAUCGCGCUGCUCCCGCUGGCCUUGCGGUUCUGGUCUCGCCUGAGGCAGCCGUGCUGUGCCCGAUGGGUGGCCAGCCUGUUCCUGGACAUCCGCAAGUUCUACGAGCACGUGCGCCGCGACGUCCUCUGGACGUCAGCCCAGCGCUUCGGCUUCAACCUGAAGCUGCUGCGCGGCCUCCUCGCCAUCUACCAGGCCCCGCGGAUCGUGCUGGCAGGUGGCAUGGCUUCGGCCCCCUUUGGGGCCAGUGGCGCAGUGCUGGCGGGCUGCGCGUGUGCGACGGCUGUUGCGAAGCUUCCCCUUCUUGGAGGCCUCCUCGCUGCUGGGGCUCAUCGGCCUCUUGCCACCCUGCGCAAUUUGGUGGACGACGUCUCGCUCCAAGCUGUCGGCUCGGCGAGGCUGGUCGUGGACCAGCUCGCGGGGGCCAGCGGGGAGGUGCUGCGACACCUGCGGGCCCACCACCUCCCGCUCAACGAGGGCAAGUCGGGUUUCCUGGCCUCGUCUGCACAGGUUGCGGACGGCCUCGUCGCCAGCUGGGCCGCCCUCGGCUUCGAGGUCAAGCGUGGCUCCCAGGCCCGCAACCUGGGCACCGACGCCAACGUGACCCGCAGAGGGGUCCAUGAGGGAGGUGCCCGCGCUGUGGGAGGCCUUUCCCGCGCCAGGCGGCUGAGAACCCUGGGCUCGGCGGGGGCCGCGGUGGUGCACAUUCACCGCGCUGGCCCUGCCGCCGCCGCGCUGUGGGGCAGGGCGGUCACUGGGGUGCCCGACGGCGAGCUUCACUCCUGGCGCCUGGCGGCUGCGCGCUCGGCAGGGAAGCUUCCCAAUGGCGCCUCCCUUGGGCGGAGGCUCAGGGCGAUCGAGGUGCAGCGCUCAACCGACCUGGGCCCGAGCCCAGCCCUGGUGCGUGCCGCUGUGCAGGUGGCAGCCAGCCUCCUUCAGACGGGCGAGGUGCCCCUGAGGAUGUUCGCGACCUCCCUGGAGGAGGCCGAGCGCAGGCACGGCGGCGCCAGGGUGCCCUGGGUGAACUGCAAGAACCCAGUCGACGCCCUGGCCCUCUCCCUGUUGCGGGUUGGGUGGCGCCUCUCGGCUGGGCACUUCCUCCACACCGAUGACGGCCACACUUUGGACAUGCUGAUCAUGGGCCCCCGCGAGCUCGGGCUGCUGGCGGCGGCAGGUGCACGCAGGGCCUCCGACCGAGCUGAGAUGACGCGGCUUGGGCAUGGAGCCGCCCCCUCCAUGCCCUUGUUUCGGGACGCGCUAGGCCAGGUCAUCGGGCCGCGCGGCAGGUUCAGCAGCAGGGAGAAGGCCGCGGUGGUGAGCUACGUGUCCAACGCCCACUGGCCCCAGACUCGCCUCUUCGCGGCUGGUGAGCGGGGCCGCCCUCGAUGCUGCGCCUGCGGCGAAGUGCGUGGCAGCCUCUGGCACAGGCUCUUCGAGUGCCAAGCCCUGGCCGCUGAGAGGAGGGACUCGGUGCCAGCCCGCCUCCACCGCUGCGCCACUAGAGUGAGGCAGCGAGGUGAGGAAGCGGGGGGGUGCUUCUCCAGGUGCUGGCUGCCGCAGCCCCCGCAGACGGCCUGGAGGUCGGACGCUAUGGCAGUCAUGUGGGUGAACAG